CUGUUCAUUUCGCGUUACGUACAAAAACAAUCACAAAUCACAUUCAAAAUGGUGUCCGACUUCAGAAGGAAAAAGUUGUUGUUCAUGUUUAAGUUCUUGGACAAAGACGGCAGCGGCUCCAUCGAUAAGAAGGACUUCGAGCUGGCAGCGGAAAAUGCGGCGAAACAGCGAGGAUGGAAAGAGGGAGAUGCCUUAUAUAAGGAGUGCUUUGACACCAUCGACAUGGUGUGGGAUGCCUUGCAAAAGGUGGGAGACUCGAACAGUGAUGGUCAAGUGAGUGCGGACGAAUGGGUCACAAUGUGGGACACAGUCAGCAAGAGCAAAGCAGAUCAAGACUGGUUUGACAAAUACUGCAAAUUCAUCUUCAAAAUGCAAGACUUGAACGGCGAUGGAUUUAUCGACGUCGAUGAUUUUGUAAAUGGCAGCACAAAAUCUGGUAACACCAAGGAAAAUGCUUUAGAAGCGUUCCAGAAACUAGCGCAAGGCAAGUCACAAAUCUCCUUGACAGACUUCCAAAAAUUGUGGAAUGAGUAUUUCACAACUGAAGAUCCUAAUGCGCCAGGAAACUUCAUCACCGGUAGGCCUAGCUUGGAUUAGUGAUAUUUUUUGUUCGUUUGUAUAACUGUUUGUAUUGUAAUAACAUAUGAAAGUAUUUAUUAUUAAAUGUGAUACGCCUCGUGCCUUUUAAAUAUGCAGUUAAAUGCAUUUUCAUAUUUUUAUAGCGUGUUUGUAAACAUGUUUUUGAAGUUGUAAUUAA